CGUUUUAUUUCGUCUCUUCGGACUCUUGGCUCGUCAUCGAAAACGCCCCCUCCGGAGAUCUCUUGCACUCUUUUUAUCUCCCCAUCGCGAUCGAAUUUCUAAUCCCAGAUCUCGUUGGGCUUUGUAAUUGUAUAUGUAUUGAAGGUUUUGGUGAUAAUUUCGUAGAAAUUGGUGGUCGGGUCUCGGCGAGAAUUGAGGUUGGAAUUUGCGAAUUCCGAAGGAAUGGUAGCAGAUUCGUGCUCGUCCGACCAGGAGCAGGACGAGCCGGACGCCGUGUUCGUGGAGGUCGAUCCCUCCGGUCGCUAUGGCCGGUAUCGUGAAAUAUUAGGAAAGGGUGCUUUCAAGACCGUCUAUAAAGCAUUUGAUGAAUUGGAAGGCAUAGAAGUUGCUUGGAAUCAGGUGAAGGUGGCUGAUGUGCUGCGGAAUUCGGAUGACCUGGAGCGCCUCUAUUCUGAAGUCCACUUGCUUAAGACUCUGAAGCACAAGAAUAUAAUCAAGUUUUACAACUCGUGGGUUGACACCAAGCAUGACAAUAUCAACUUCAUCACUGAAGUCUUCACAUCCGGGACAUUACACCAGUAUCGCAAGAAACACAAGCAUGUAGAUGUAAGAGCAUUGAAAAAUUGGUCUAGACAAAUAUUGAGUGGCCUUCUAUACCUCCACAGUCAUGACCCUCCAGUUAUUCACAGGGACUUGAAAUGUGACAAUAUAUUUGUGAAUGGAAACCAGGGUGAGGUGAAGAUUGGUGACCUUGGAUUGGCAGCCAUUCUUCGACAUGCUCAUUCAGCUCACAGUGUUAUUGGUACGCCGGAGUUCAUGGCUCCAGAGCUGUAUGAGGAAGAAUAUAAUGAGUUGGUUGACAUUUAUGCAUUUGGCAUGUGCUUACUGGAGCUGGUGACAUUUGAGUACCCAUAUUCGGAAUGUACCAAUGCGGCACAAAUAUAUAAGAAGGUGACAUCGGGAGUCAAGCCUGCAUCAUUGGCAAAGGUGAAGGACCCUACAAUUAAACAAUUUAUAGAAAAAUGCAUUGCCAGUGCUUCUGAACGAUCGCCUGCUAGAGAAUUACUAAUGGAUCCUUUUCUGCUAUCGGAUGAUAAUGUUACCAGUUACGCAUGUGCAAAAGAGCCGUCAAUUACUGGCCGAGAUUUCACAGUGGAGGGUCAACGCAAAGACAUAAAGACGAUAUUUCUAAAGCUACGAAUUGCAGAUUCAACAGGUCAAGUUCGUAACAUCCACUUCCCAUUUGAUAUUGAAGAAGACACAUCAAUCAGUGUUGCCACUGAAAUGGUUGCUGAACUAGACCUUACAGAUCAAGAUGUUACGACCAUUGCUGCAAUGAUAGAUGCAGAAAUAUCGGCCCAUGUUCCAGGAUGGAUGGCAGGUGAAGCUCUUGAUGGUCAUGUCAACGAGUUAGCUUCGGAUAGCCAUGACUCUGAAGGUGAAGAUGUACAUUCUCCUUUGCCCAACGAAUCAGAUAAUCCUCUAGUUCUAGAACAGCUACCUUCUGGUCGGAAGUACUGGUGUUCUCCUAGGAGAACUGGUGAGGAGUCUCCACCAUGGCCUACACAGUCAAAUGUAUCUGCUGAAUUGAAUUCGCAUGCAAGUGAUGAUGUACCUGUGGAGGUUUGUGAAGGGAAAGAUGUUAGCUUAAAUAAUAAUGACCAGAGGGAAUAUCACUCUAAUGGAAGCACUUCAUCUAACCAGCAGAAAGAUUCCCCCCAUUCUAAUGGCAGUGGCAAAGACAAUUUGGAAAUUGAUUCUCCAUCAGCUUCUCCUGAUCUACCAAACCCAUCCCCAGCUGAUAUGGUUAAUCAAGAUAAUGAAGUAGUUUCUUUAUGCCACUUGUGUUACAAUCAACAUGGAGCCACUGAUGAGCAGUGUGGGAUUGAUGAUGAACAGUUGCCUCCUGAUACAUUAUUGGAGAGUGAAUCUGAGGAUGUGAGAUCUGUUGUUCAGAAGUUAGAGAAUUUGUUGGUCCAGCAGCAGAAAGAAAUUGAUGAAUUAAAAAAGAAGCAUGAGAUGGCUAUAGCAGAUGUUUUAAAAGGACUGCCUCCUCAUCUUUGUACUAGGAUAUUAGAUAAAUUUGACUUGAAAAUUAAUAAUAAUAAGGUCCAUUGUUAGGUGGAAUUCAGUGUGGGAUAUUCCUUGGCUGUUGUUCCUUCUAGCCAGCAGUCAAUUGUCAUGUUGUAUGGCUGGCUCUACUUUGGAUGGUGUUUUGGGAUGACCUUACAUUGUAUAAGGCACCAUUUUUAGAAGAUGAUGGCCCCUAAUUCUGCGGGUGGAUGAGUAGGCUUUCAGAGGCAAGUCAAAUGUGCUGAUCCUGCAUUGUAGUUUUUUUUAAGAUGCGGCUUUUUUGGAAUCUUGUGAGAACUUAGAUAAGUUGGAAUAUUAGAAAGGCUCUCCUAUUAAAAAAAUGCAGUAUAGCAUCUUUUUCACUUGAUAUCAUAGAACCAUACCAUGGUUUCUGCAUAUCCAGAUCGACUUCGAUGCUGCCGCUGCUCAAGAUGCUUUUCUAAGCAAAAGUUCAUGUGGACUGUGGCUCGAGCGAAAAAUUGUUUCGCAAAAGCAAAUUUGAGCAACUUGCGUUCAUUGUUGAAUGUAGCCCAUAAAUUAUUGGAAUUCUUAUUGUAUAUAUUUACAGAAUCUGCAUUUCAUAUGUGGUAAUGUCAUGACUUUGGUCAUGAUUUCCCUGUAAUUUCUAGUGUUUCAUGAAUGGAUUAUAGUGUUUUACGUAUGGAAGUUGACUUUAAUC